AUGGACCACGUGUUCAAUGUGCUGGAACAGUACGCUUUAAAUUUAGAGGACGAGGUACAAUCUCGGAUGAAGGAGCUGAUUGAGGAAAAGAAGAAAAGCGACGUUCUACUGUACCGCAUGUUGCCGAAGCAAAGAAGGGAAUACUCUUCCUCAGGCAAGUCGCUGAGAAGCUCAAACAUGGUCAGUCGGUUCGAACCGGAGACCUUCGAAUGUGUCACUUUGUGCUUUUCCGAUGUCGUUUCAUUUACCGCGUUGGCUAGCAGAUGUACACCAUUACAGGUCGAGACAAUAGGAGAUGGUUAUUUAUGCGUUUCUGGACUGCCACAUCGAAAUGGUAACAAACAUGCCAAAGAAAUCGCUGAGAUGUCCUUUGAGCUGCUCAGAGUAAUCAGCGGAUCUCGAGUUCCUCAUCUGCCAAAAGAGAAAAUUAAUAUCCGAGUAGGUCAUACAGGAUCUGUGGUGACCGGUGUUGUAGGAAUGACAAUGCCCAGAUACUGUCGUUUCGGUGAGGUGAACACGGGUAGUCGAAUGGAAAGCAAUGGAAAACGUAUGAAGAGGAAAUCCAGAACUGUUCUGAUACGAUCUUAUCCGCAUCUUGGGAAAGGAGCACUGGAGACCUAUUGGUUAUUGACGCCCGAGGAACAACAGCAGUCUUACAUGGUUUAG